GUCUCCUGCCGGCUUCCGUCCCAGAUGAUUCCCUCCUCCGCCUCCCCGUUUGCCCCCUCCCUCCUCCGCCUCCAUCUCUAGCCCGUCGCGAGUGGCGUAACCGGGGCUGGUUCGAGAGCCGUGUCAGCCGCCGCCGCCGCGCCGUGAACGGAAGCCGGCCUGCGAGAGGCAAGGAGCGAUGGUGGGAGCUGCUUUUGCUCCCCUCCGCGUCUAAUAGGAGCCGCCGCCGCCGGGCCCGCUUGGGCUGCUGGAGCCAUGGACAAAGCCGUCGGUGGGCAGAAUGUGAAACUGUCUGCUGAGGUAGAACCAUUCAUUCCUCAGAAGAAGGGUCCUGAUUCACUCAUGAUGCCGAUGGUGCUGCCUAACGACGGUGGAAGUGUUAGUGGUGUGGAACCAACUCCUAUUCCCAGCUACCUGAUUACUUGCUAUCCGUUCGUUCAAGAAAACCAGUCCAAUAGGCAACUUCCGCUGUACAAUAAUGACAUCAGGUGGCAGCAACCUAACCAGAACCCCACUGGGCCAUACCUUGCAUAUCCCAUUAUAUCAGCUCAGCCACCUGUGUCAGCAGAGUACACCUAUUACCAAUUGAUGCCGGCACCGUGCGCUCAAGUCAUGGGCUUCUAUCACCCGUUCCCGGCGCCUUACUCUACUCCCUUCCAGGCAGCAAGCGCUGUGAGUGCAGUUGCAACGGAAUGUGCAGAUCGUCCAGCCCAGCCAAGUCAGGUCUUUCCGUUGUGUAGGCAGAGGAGCAGAAGUGCCACCAGAGGACCAGUCAUACAGAAACAGCAGCCUUUGCAGAUGCACAUAAAAAACAAAAGGCCUCCAGUGAAAAGCGUUGCUACUCAGAAAGAGACCAGUGCAUCAGGCCCUGAGAGCAGACCGAAAAUCGUGUUGCUUGUGGAUGCUUGUCAACAAACAGACUUCCCCUCAGAAAUAGCCAACAAGUCCCUCUCGGAGAGCAUGACCACAAUGCACUGGAAACCAAAAGGCAGGCGGCGGCGGACCUCCCACCCAGCGGAAUCCUCUAGUGAGCAAGGGGCUAGCGAGGCAGACAUCGAUAGCGAUAGUGGUUACUGCAGCCCUAAGCACAGCAACCAGGCUGCAGCCAUGAGCUUGAGAAGCGCCGACUGCGUUGCACCAAAUAUCGGGGAGCCAUCAGUACAUUCAGGUGGUGUCACUUGGGCCAGCGUCAGCUCCCAGGCUACUCAGAAAAAGCCCUGGAUAGAGAGAACGCCAUCUUUCAUGAGGGGGGGAAGGCAGCUGGAGCAUCGUAGUAGUUCACAGCCUGCCUUUCGAUGCAGGGGGCAUAGCACAUCUUCAGAAAGAAGACAGAACGUGCAGAAACCCAUAACAGGAAGCCAAGCAAACAGAAAAGACCAAAGUCCUGAGCCUUUAUAUUUCCAGGAUGAUGAAGAAUUUCCGGAAUUAAAUAGUGACAGUGGAAAUUCUAAAAGCACGAAUAUGCAACAGAAACAUGCACCAAAAGUGUUGGAUGACUUGCCUGAGAAUUCCCCAAUCAACAUCGUACAGACUCCAAUUCCAAUCACUACCUCCGUUCCAAAGCGAGCAAAAAGUCAAAAGAAGAAAGCUCUGGCUGCAGCGUUGGCCACAGCUCAGGAGUAUUCAGAAAUCAGCAUGGAGCAGAGGAAACUGCAGGAAGCUGUUUCUAAGGCAGCUGGGAAAAAGAGUAAAACGCCUGUACAGUUAGACUUGGGCGACAUGCUGGCGGCCCUCGAGAAACAGCAGCAAGCCAUGAAGGCUCGCCAGAUCACCAAUACCAGGCCCCUCUCGUAUACAGUUGGCAGUCCGGCUCCUUUUCAUGCCAAAGAACCUGCUAAUCGAAAGUCUUUAGGUAAAGGACAGCCCUCGCCCUCAGUGAGUUGUCUCAAUCCAUUGGAUUCCACUGCCCCCAAAAUAAAACGAGGGAAGGAGAGAGAGCUUUCAAAACUGAAGCGUCCCACAGCACUGAAAAAGAUUAUCUUGAAAGAGAGAGAAGAAAAGAAAGGACGCUUAUCUGUUGAUCAGAGCCUCCCAGGUGCUGAUGAAGAACAAGAGGUACCUUUGGACCUGACUGCCAACCAGUCAGAAGAUCUAGCAUCUCAAGAAGAAACCGGCCUGAGUAUGCCCAGUGAUGCCUCGCUCUCUCCAGCAAGCCAGAACUCUCCCUAUUGCAUGACUCCAGUUUCCCAAGGAUCACCAGCCAGUUCAGGGAUAGGGAGUCCAAUGGCAUCUUCAACCAUAACCAAAAUUCACAGCAAGAGAUUCAGAGAGUACUGUAAUCAAGUCCUAAGUAAAGAAAUAGAUGAGUGUGUGACUCUCCUGUUGCAAGAGCUCGUCAGCUUCCAAGAACACAUUUACCAAAAGGACCCCAUGAGAGCGAAGGCGAAGAGGAGACUUGUGAUGGGUCUGCGAGAGGUGACCAAGCAUAUGAAGCUCAACAAGAUCAAGUGUGUCAUAAUUUCUCCCAACUGUGAGAAAAUCCAAUCAAAAGGUGGACUGGAUGAGGCCCUGUAUAAUGUAAUCGCUAUGGCUCGGGAGCAGGAAAUCCCUUUUGUCUUUGCUCUUGGGCGUAAAGCUCUUGGGCGCUGUGUGAACAAGCUGGUUCCAGUGAGCGUGGUGGGAAUCUUCAAUUACUCCGGUGCUGAGAACCUCUUCAACAAAUUAGUGUCACUGACUGAAGAGGCCCGGCAGGCCUACCGAGACAUGGUUGCAGCCAUGGAGCAAGAGCAGGAGGAGGCCUUAAAGAACAUCAAGAAAGUGCCCCACCACAUGGGCCAUUCCCGGAACCCUUCCGCAGCAAGCGCCAUUUCUUUCUGCAGUGUUAUUUCUGAGCCCAUCUCGGAAGUGAAUGAAAAGGAGUACGAAACCAAUUGGAGGAACAUGGUGGAAACAUCUGAUGGCUUAGAAACCUCUGAGAAUGAAAGAGCGGCCUGUUGUAAGGUUGCUGCUCCAGAAAAACCUGGCACCACCCCUACAGUGGCUGUGGCAGAAGCGAAUUCAGCCACGGCAACAGCGGCUAAUAAACAGCUCUCUCUAGCCACGGUCGGGAUCACCUCAGUCACGAUUCAUGGGAAAGCACCAGGUGGGAAAGAGGAGGUAAAACCAGACGAUUUGGAAUGGGCCUCUCAGCAGAGCACAGACACAGGGUCCUUGGACGGCAGUUGCCGGGAUAUUUUGAACUCAUCUAUGACCAGUACGACUAGUACCCUUGUCCCGGGAAUGCUCGAGGAAGAAGAGGAUGAGGAAGAAGAGGACGAAGAUGACUAUGCUCACGAACCUAUAUCUGAGGAGGUUCAGCUCAACAGCAGAAUUGAAUCUUGGGUCUCUGAGACCCAACGGACUAUGGAAACACUCCAGCUCGGGAAGAGCCUCAGUAGCGCAGAGGAUGAUAACAACGAGCAAAGUGAGGAGGAAGAACUGGAAGCUCCCGAGCAAGUCAGCACUGUCGUCGACAGUGAAGAAUGGGUGACAGAUAAGCAGGCAUGUAAAUUCCAACAGAAGCCUGCCACCUGCGGUUCUUUGGAUACCAAGUGUACUGACUCUAACUAUAUACCAUAACUGCAAGCACAAACUCAGGAAACUUUAAUAUUUUAAAAAAUUUAACUGUUGUAAGGAUUUGCAGCCAUGGCUUUGUGUGCUUCAUCUCGGCAUUUUGCACUGUCUCAAGUUUAAUAUGCAUAUUUAAUUCACAGCAUAAAUAUUUUUGUAGCUGUCUUUAUUACUUUUUCCAUUAUGAUUCUAGAGUGUACAUGUGUUGAAGGGAUAGCUCUGUGUCUCUCAGAAGGAGGAUGUGUGUGGAAACUUUCAAUAGGUUAAACCAUUUAGCUAUUUUUGUUGUUGUUGUUCAAGAAUACCAGUUUACAAAUGACCGUUAUGCAAAGUGACUGAUAUUUGCAACAGUGACUGAUAAUUUACUUUGUCAUUUAUAUCUUACCCUGAAAGCAUUUUGCCCUAUAUCGUAAUGUACCAGAACUGAGAACAGAACAAACACAUAAGUGUGUCUGUUUAGCAGAUUGACCUUGCUUAUGGACAGUUAGGAAAAUGAUUAGCUGAUGUGCCUAUGCCUAACUGCAAGUUUUUCCACGGGCCUCUUAGAAUAUGUAUGUGCUUGAGAAAUAACACUCUUGAGAUAUUGGUUGUAACUUGCUUAAAACCCAUUGGAGAAGGCAUUCUGGGAAAGAUAUUGACUACUGUUAGCAUUGUCGCUGUGUCAGCAAGGACCACAGUGAGAGGACCCAAUCACCAUAGCAACUUUGUGGGGGGUGGGAUUUCUUCUUCUUCAUUCAUUUGGUAUCUCAGUUCAUUACUUAACCUCAGGAAUGUGAAUACAUUUUCAUAAAUGGUAUGUAAAUAUGAAAAAACCCACAAAGUUGAAGAAUUGGAUCCUGACUUUUCCACGGAAAAGUGAUGUGGAUGCUGUGGCUAAGUUUAGAAGUGGAAAGAAGUUAUAUGUUAGCAUGCAUCAGGCCUGACCAUGUCUUGCUUUGGGAUCAUUUGUGAGAGGGUUUUUUUUGUUCUUAAGAAUGUGGACUUUUCCAUUCUGUUGCAUUGAGCACCCCAGAGAAACAGAUCUUCAAAAAUGGGGUAAGAGAUAGAAGUGAUUCAUGGAGGGGAUUUCAUUCAUUUAGGGGGAAGACAUUUCAGGCUUCUUUACGCUGCUCUUAAUAUUAACGUACUAAGAAUAGAAAAUCUAACUUCUGCAUGCUUGAGUUUUCCAGCUUUGCUCUGUAAUAAGCAUCAAUGAAAGUACCCCCUGGUAAGCUGCAUGAAUUUGUAUAUAUGGUGAAUGUAGGGUUUGGUUUUUAAAAAUUCAUUAGUAAUGCAAAAACCACAUCCUUUAUGAAGUUUGGAGCUUCCAGUAAGAAAAAAUAUUUCACACUUAGUCCUCCUGUUCACUUAAUUAUUUGGGACCAGCUGUUUUAAGCGUUUUCAAAACUAGCUUUUUGUAUUGUACCGGGGGGUAGGGAAAUCAGACACAGUGUCUUCAAGAGCUAAUACGUCGCAAAAUGUGGGAGAAUGUAGCAGCAAAAACCCCUAGUAUGUUAAGUAGUUCUUGGGCACAUGCUGAGCAGGAAGAAGUCUUGAGUUUUGAAAUGACUUGUGUACAUCCUGUCACUCUGGCUGGGCAUCCACAGAUUGGUCUCUCUCCCCACCCACCCUCUUUUUGGAAGCUAAUAACUCAAAACACCUGUUUGAUUUGGUAUUUUUAAAACACAAUCUGAACCUAGUUUGUGUUGAGAUGCUUGGCAGAAAGAAUAAUACAGCCAGCUUGUUGGUUAUUGACAAUAAAAGGUUUCAAGUUCUGUAAGGGAAGUCUGUUACCUCACAGUUUGUUACUUGGAAUCCCCUCCCCCAACUGCAGCAAAUCUCUUCGGGGCAAACAGGAAAUUAGUCAACAAAGCUAUCCUACAUUCUGGUAAGUAGCCACAGCACACCAGUUGGGAAUAAAUGAGAUUUCAUGCAUGUAUGUGCAAAGAAUGUUUGUUUAUAUUCUGUAUUAGGAAAAGUUUUCGAGUUUUGUGCAGUGAGGGGUGGGUGUGUAUGUAUAUGUAUUGUUUCCUCUAAUAGUGUCUAAGUUCCAUUUCUUUUGUUAUCUUAAACACCUAUGUAGUUUUGUGUGUUAUUUAGUACAAUUUCUAUACCGGCACCAGACAGUUAUCUUCUUCCACACUGAAUGAAGGCUGUUUCUGCUGUUAAUGUGGGUACAGUUUUUAGGACAAGUUCAGCAAAUAUUUAUUCUUCUUAAAUACCCUGUUUAGUGAACUUUUAUUAGAGGUAAUGUGGGAAGUAGGGGGCUGCGGGAGAAAGAUGGUGUGACACUUUCGAUGGUCAUUAAAAUGUAUUGUUUGAGGUGACUGGUUAGAAAAGUAUUUAUAAGUCUCCAGUAUUUUGUAUAGAAAUCUUUCCAUGGAAAGCAGAAGCACAAGGUAGGCUGACGCACAAAGGUCAGACAACAGUGUGGCACAGGCUAUCACAAAAUCACAGUGUGACUUCAAGAUGGCCAGUGAACCUUGUGGAAUCUAUUUCCCCUCUCUCUUCCCUGUUUUAAAUUUUAAACAGUGUAUUUAACAGAUUGAAAGCUUGAUCAGUGAUUUGUUGUAUUUGAUCACUGUUUUUAAAAGGGGGCGGGGGGAGAGAUCCUUUGGCUUUAAUGCCCUUGAAUGAAUUCUGAACACAACACACGAGAGAAAAUUUGGGAUGUUCUUUGGUAGGAGAUAUGUACACAGUGUUGUUGACUCCAGUUAUUUAACUGGACAGUUGUGAAAUUUUAGUAGCAUGUGGGCAAAAAGUAUUAUUUGGAAAAGCUGCUGUUUGCUGAAAUUGUCACAGUGUUUUGGGUUUUUAAAUUUUUUUUAAGUUGUGCCAAUUAAUCAAGAUGUUUAAGUCAAUUGACCAGAUUUAAUCACUUAUUCAAUAUAUAGCAUUUUUAAAAGUAACAGCCAUACAUGGAAAUUGUACAGCUUUCUACCCAGCCCUAGCACACAGAAAUAGUAAGAAAAUGUCUACUUAAAUCAAUUAACAAUUUAAAGAAAAGGUCAACAGAACUGGCACAGCCCAAUUAAUGUUCAUAUGUGGUUAAUGUAUAAUUUUUUUACAAAAGACUGUAAUAAAGCAAUGUCUGUUAAUCUUUGAUACCUUUGUUUGUAGUAACAACCUAGAAUAGAAAAUCAUUACGCAUUGCACCAUAAAGAGGUUACCUGUCUCCCUUUACUUUUAUGAAGAAUAAUUGUUCUAUCAUACUUUUUCUUUUCUUUUUUUAGUAAUAACAGCUUUUUGCACUAUGUAAAUACUAGUGGGGGUUCUUCCAUAAUGAAUUAAAAAUAUUAUUUAAGAAAAA